AUGCGAUCAUACAUAUCCUCACUGCUCGUAGCCGGUCUAAUGUCUGGUCUCAGUGCCGUGGGUUCGGCCAGAAUGCCCCUGGACAUACGUCAAGAGGAAACGUUCAACAAUCCGGUCCUAUUUCAAGAUCUUCCAGAUAUAGAUGUUUUUCGGGUCGGCUCUGUCUACUACUACUCGACAUCGACCUUCGCCUUCAGUCCUGGGGCUCCAGUCCUGAAAUCCUACGACUUGGUGAAUUGGACGCCAGUAACGCACAGCGUUCCCGACGUUGCGAAUUUUGGAAAAGAAUACAAACUCAAUGGCGACAAUGACCGCGCUUAUGUCAAAGGUGUUUGGGCGAGCUCAAUGAGAUAUCGCAAGUCUGACGAUAAAUUCUACUGGAUGGGCUGCAUUCAGUCUACUGGCAAGACCUUCCUCUACACGGCUCCAGGGAAUGGUGCUGCCGACAACGACGGCGAGAAUGACAAUUGGGAAUGGACUCUUGAAGGGACCAUUGACGAGUGCUUCUACGAUAAUGGAAUCUUUUUCGAUGAUGACGAUACCAUGUACGUGACAUGGGGCAACCGACAGCUCCGCGUUUCUCAGCUUUCCGAUGAUGGGCUGAGCGUCGUGCGGACCGAGACCAUUUACGAUAGUGGCGAUGAUUUGUAUCUCGAAGGCGCCCAUCUGUACAAAACCCGAGGCUACUACUGGGUGUGUCCUACGAAAGUUGCUAGCGGCCAAUACAUCCUUCGCUCAACUAAGCCGUUCGGCAAAUACGAGGUCCGGGAGUUCUGGGAUAAUCUUUCUGGCCCACUCUCCAACGCCGGCUAUGCUCACCAGGGCGGCAUGGUGGACACUCCCGAAGGCGGCUGGCAUUACCUCGCCUUCAUGGAUGCUUAUCCUGCCGGCCGUGUUCCUGUUCUGGCCCCCAUCACGUGGUCUGAGGAUAUCUGGCCAUCGCUUGUACUCGAUGCCAAUGGCGGCUGGGGAGUGACAUAUCCUAUGCCGAUUCAGACAAACAAGACUGUCCCAGGUGUCGAACGUCUUGAUGACUUUUCCGCAUCAACCUUGCAUCCAGAGUGGGAGUGGAAUCAUAGCCCGGACUCAGAAUACUUCGAACUCGGGUCAGACGGCCUGGUUCUCAAGACUGCCUCUGUCGUUGAGGAUCUCUUCAAUGCACGAAACACUCUUACUCAUCGUAUUACAGGCCCACGAUCUGUAGCGACCUGGCACCUCAAUAUCAGCGGUCUCACCCAAGGUGACCGAGCUGGUGCAGCCAUAUUCCGCGACGAAUCGGCAUAUAUAGGCGUGCACAAAGAUACAAAUGGUACCAAGAUCGUUUUUGUGAACGAGAUCAAUAUGAACCAGCAGUGGCAGACUGUCAAUAGAGGCACGAUCGCAGCAACAGGUCCCUCCAUAGACGCGCACGAGAUCUGGCUUCGUGUUGAAGCCGAUGUGACCCCAGCUUUCGGUCUGUCUCCCGUGAGGGAAGCGCACUUCUACUAUAGUCUUAACGGUGAGAACUGGAAGCAGCUCGGCACAUUUGUACUCCAUAAUCGGUGGCAGUGGUUCACGGGCUUCCGUUUCGCGGUAUUUAACUUUGCGACUGCGAAGCUGGGUGGCAAAAUAAGUGUUAGGAGCUUCAAAAAUGCCUUAACUUAA